AUGCAUAGCAAAAAGAAAAAGAUUAAAUACCACGAUGUGGUAUACGAUAAUACCACAAGAGACGCUAUACCGAAGAGAGGGUACUAUUCAGAACUCGUAGCGAACAUGACUAAAGAAAAUCCUUCCAGAGAAAUGUGCGCAAAGAAAAGAAUGAAGUUAAUAUUACAAGCAAAGACAGACAAGCUAGCUCCAAUGUUGGUGUCCCUGCCGAAACCGCAGAAGCCGAAGGUGUUGAUGCCGCCGGGACGUUGGACCACUUACAGGGAGGACGAUAGCGUUCAAUUUCCUUUCGAAACAUUUGUACCAAAGCUACAGUUUCUGAGCGUUGUACUCCCGAAGGAGCUUCCAAGGUUGGUGAAAAUUGAACGAUUGAGAAGGAAAUUUCUUGCGGCUAAUAUAAAGAAAAUGUUAAGAGAACUCGAAAUACAGCCGUACUGGCUUGUACCGCCAUCGGAAUAUCCGAUCACGGAUCAAGUGCGAUACGGACUGUACAGUCCCUAUCCAAAGCUAGACUUGGAGAUCUUCGAUAACACGGAUUUCGAUUGUAGGACCCCUGAGGAGUGGUUGUCGUUGGGGAACAUUGAAGGAGAACAGUAUCCAUGUCCCGGUUUAGCAUUUAUCCCUAAAGAAGAUGGCUCCAACAGAGGAUCAGGCGACGUUAUACACAUGUUGAACAAUUUGUACGAGUGGAUCAACGUGGCCAUCUUCAGUUAUGACAAGAAGACUGAAAAAUGGGAAGUGAUGGCGUUGGAUGGCUCAAAGCGGCGCUUCAACAUCUCACGUGUGCGGUUGAUGUUCAAAGCGGACGACCCGGAGAACUUUGCUCAGCGAGUCAAGUUCGCUGUCGAUCUACGCAACGAGGUCGAAAACAAUUUAAGGUUCUACUUAUAUUUGGAUUGUAUGAUCCUUCACGGGCUACCGCGUAUACCACUGCAUUAUUUGCCCAAGAUAUUGGAGAUGGUUUGGAUACACAGGCAGGCGAAAGAAGUGGAUCAAGAUCAUUUGAAUAAACUUAAGAACGAGGCGGAGCUGUUAUACAGAAAAAUGGAAGGAAAGUUGAAGAUGAUUUUUAUGAUAAGGAAAUACCCUGAAAUGUAUAACUUUAUUCGACCGCCGUUCAAACAGUACGAGCCCCCGGUGCCCGAAUACGGACGACUGCAAUGUGUCAUGGAGGACUUCCUCGGUCGUCUAAAAUAUAACCAGUGGUACUCUUUGUACGUCCUCACCGAGUCCGUUUCAUGCAUACACAUGGUCGUUGAAGAGUGUCUCAAGGUGGAAUCAAUGUUGUUCUUUACGACGAACUACGGCAGAAAUGUGGGGCUUGCUGAAUUUGAUGCGGCUCAGCAGCAUUGCACACAAAUGAUGCUGAAGUAUCUAACCAUAACUUGGUUAAACAAUACAGCUCAUGCUAUUAGAAUGUCAUUUAGGGACGUUGGAAAGGGUUGGUUCAAUAUAUACGAAAAGAAGUGGCAGUUCUACGAGGUCAGCAAAUUGUGUCGAUUCAUGCAGCUCGUUCGUUUUCGAAUGCAGUAUGCACUACGCUAUUGUAUAGAACAAUCGAUGUCAAUGUUUGUGAACCUAUGCGAGACGCCGUGUCUCUGCACAUAUUGGUGCGAGGACGACUACGAGUGGGACUCGAAGGAUCUCAUCAACUCACCCUUCCGUUCCCAGUCUCCUACGUUGUUUUAUUUCCAUCUAAUGAUGAACGCCGACGGACCCUACUAUACUACACCGCCAGAGCAGUUUGAGAUAGUUAUUCAGCGUUUAUUCCGUGAGAUGUUAUAUCGUUGUCAUUUCAUCCCUCAAGUGCAUCCAAUGAUAAUGACGGGGCUGGUUUUUGAUAAGGAGUUGUUUCUCACAUCUAUAGGUCUCAUGGAACUGAAUGUAGUGGAAUACAGAGAAAGACUAUUGAAGGCAUACAGGAAAGCGAUUAUACCACUAGUGGCGUACAUGCGCCAAUACGAAGGUUACCGAGAUAUUUUCAUGUUGAGCAUCGAGGAGUAUGUCGAAAACUUUCGCCAAGAGAAGCAUUCAGCGUCCGAAACAAGAGAAGAGGUCCAAGUUCAUUAUGAUGCCAAGCAAGAUCUAAUUUUGCGUCUACCACAGUAUAUCAGUAUCGGGCCAUUCUCCAUUAACGUCGAUACAUUAAAGCAAAUAUUAGUAGCAAAACGCACCGACAUUAUGAAGGCACUUCUGACGAUGUGGGCGGAGGAGAUCCGUCUGCAGGUGGACGACGUGAUCGUGGCCUACAAGAGCGUGAUGAGGAAGCUGGGCGAGAAACCCAACACUAUAGAGCACGUGUUCGAGAUACGCGAGUGGAUGGAGUCGAUUCCAUUCGCGCUGAAGACGCAGGAAGACAAUAUGAAGAAAAUUUUCACGGAUCAUGAAGUACUGGAUGUAUUUUUCACACCAUUGGAGAAUGACGACUUCAAGGCACUGUGGGAGGCUGUCGGAUGGCCUCUAACUAUAACUAAACAGGUGGACUCUACAACGGAGUUUUUAGAGGAGGAGCAGGAGAAGUUCUGGAAGCUGCACCAGCAGGACGAGCAGACACUGUUCGAUAAGAUCGACAUGUUCACAUCGCAAUGUAUGGCGCUCACGCUGCAGAACGACAUGACUAAGGUUCACGAGAUCGCAAACGAUAUAAAGAAGGCAUGGAAAGGUAUGAAGGAGGCACAAGAAUGGGGUCGAGUUCUCAAUCAGCGGCAAAAGUUAUUUGGACAGCCUGUUGUUCCUUUCGCGGACCUCAACCGUUUAGUCAAAGAGUUUGAGCCGUACAGAAACUUGUGGGUCACAGCGUCUGAAUUCCUUAAGUCUCGCGAAGUGUGGUUUGAUAAUCCGCUGAUGUACGUGGACGCGGACACAAUCGAGCCUUUAGUCAAUGAAUAUUAUAAAACAAUCGUCAAGUGUAUCCGGACGUUUGCCGAUUUGCCGAAAAUACAGAACGUCGCUUUGGCUAUAAGGGACGACAUUGACGCAUUCAAACCUCUUAUACCGAUAUUGCAAGCGGUCAAAAAUCCCGGCAUGAAGGAAAGACAUUGGAAAGAGUUCAUGGACAGAGCCGGCAUUACAGUCACAAUGAACGAGAAGCAGACGUUUCAGAUGUGCCUUAAACAGGGCGUGGCGGCGCACGCUGAUCAUAUAGCGGAAAUCGGAGAACUCGCUUCCAAGGAGUACGUCAUCGAGCAAGCGCUGGACAAGAUGCUCAAUGAGUGGGCCAACAAGACUAUGGAAAUAACACCAUAUAAAAAUACUGGUACGUUCAUCAUGAAAAUAUCUGACGAAACACUUCAGCUACUAGACGAACAUCUGCUGACCACUCAGCAGUUAGGUUUUAGUCCUUUCAAAGCGGCCUUCGAAUUGAGGAUCCAAGAGUGGGACGACAAGCUGCGCCUCACGCAGAAAGUCGUCGACGAGUGGAUUGAUUGUCAGAAGGAAUGGAUGUAUUUAGAGCCUAUAUUUACAUCUGAAGAUAUCUCAAGGCAGUUGCCAUUCGAGAAUAAAAAGUAUGGCACCAUGGAAAGAAUCUGGAGGAGAAUAAUGUCAUCUGCUGCUGCGUGUCCUAAGAUAAUGGUGACAUGCCCGGACAGCCGUCUCCUUGAUAGCUUGGUAGAGGCUCGACACUUGUUAGAAGUGGUCUCACGUGGACUGAGCGAAUACAUGGAGGUAAAGCGGUUGCGCUUCCCUCGCCUGUUUUUCCUGAGCGACGACGAACUGCUAGAAGUGCUAGCGCAGUCGCGUAACCCACGUGCCGUGCAGCCACACCUCAGGAAAUGUUUCGAGAACAUCGCUAAGGUUACUUUUGAACCAGAUUUGAGGAUAACAGAAAUGCACUCAAGCGAAGGCGAGAUUGUCGAACUGAAAUAUAAGUUCUACCCUACUUCCAACGUAGAGCAAUGGCUUUUGCUGCUUGAGGACACUAUGAGACACACUAUUCGUCUGACACUGAUAGCCGGUUUGGAGGAACUGUAUAAGCUACCCCGGGACCAGUGGGUGCUACAUUGGCCGGGACAAGUGGUGAUCGCAGGAUCACAAACUGCGUGGACUGCGGGAGUUGAGAAUGCCAUUGCUGAUUAUCGCAUGGAGGAAUUUUUCGAGGAAAUGCUUCAACAGUUGGAUAGCCUUCGUGCGCUUGUGAAGGGCGAGUUGACGUUCUUCCAGCGCGAAGUGUUGUGUGCGCUUAUUGUGAUUGAAGUACACGCGCGUGACGUCACUCACACACUCGUGGAGGAGAACGUUAAAAAUGUCACCGACUUCCAGUGGAUUUGUCAACUCAGAUACUAUCAAGUAGUAAAAGAAAUGAUCCCGCUGGAGGAAGGCGAGCUGCCAGAGAUCUACCAGGACGAGGAGCGGCUGGACACGUCGGCGUAUUACCGUCAGUUCAGCCAGAAUAUCUGCCAAGUUCGCGCUCUCAACUCCGUUUUCACCUACCAGAACGAGUAUUUGGGUAACAGUGGAAGACUGGUGAUCACUCCGCUGACGGACCGCUGCUAUCUGACGCUGAUGUGCGCGAUGCACCUUAAGUUCGGAGGCGCCCCGGCGGGACCCGCUGGCACCGGCAAGACUGAGACCACCAAGGAUUUAGCGAAAGCCCUUGCGGUCCAGUGUGUCGUGUUCAAUUGCUCGGACCAGUUGGACUUCAUGGCGAUGGGAAAAUUCUUCAAAGGACUAGCAGCAUCUGGAGCAUGGGCCUGCUUUGAUGAAUUCAAUCGUAUAGACAUUGAAGUGCUUUCGGUGGUAGCUCAGCAGGUGGUUACAAUACAAAAGGCCCAAAUCGCCAAACUGGAUAAAUUCAUGUUCGAGGGCUGCGAGCUCCCAUUAAAAGCGUCGUGUUCAGUUUUUAUUACAAUGAAUCCAGGAUACGCUGGACGCACGGAACUACCAGACAACUUGAAAGCCCUUUUCCGCCCCAUUGCCAUGAUGGUGCCGGACUACGCUCUCAUAGCGGAGAUUUCCUUGUUCUCUUACGGCUUCUCCGAGGCGAAGAUUUUGGCGGGCAAGAUCACCACCACAUUUCGGCUCAGCUCUGAGCAGCUGUCUUCACAGGAUCACUAUGACUUCGGCAUGCGAGCGGUGAAGACUGUGAUACUUGUUGCGGGCAACCUCAUCAGGCAAAUGCCCGAUGGUGAUGAGAGACAGAUUGUACUGCGCGCUUUGAGAGAUGUCAACGUGCCCAAGUUCCUUGCCGAUGAUCUGUUGCUGUUCAAUGGCAUAAUAUCAGAUCUCUUCCCACGCGUUGAGAUACCAGUGGUGGACUACGGAAUCAUGGAACAGUCGAUCAGGAAUAUGUUGGUGAAAAGAGGUUACGACGAACUGCACUCGUUCAUUUUUAAAGUCAUACAACUGUAUGAGACUACAGUAGUGCGGCAUGGCUUGAUGUUGGUUGGACCCGCCGGAGCGGGUAAAACUAAGUGUUACGAGGUGCUACGAGAUGCGUUAACUGCUAUAAAGGGGAAGAUGGCACCUGACGGGUUCCCGUUCACUCCGGUCCACACAUUCGUGGUGAAUCCCAAGUCUAUCACCAUGGGUCAAUUGUAUGGAGAGUUCGAUUUGCAAACGCAUGAAUGGACGGAUGGUAUUCUAUCGAGCUUGGUGCGAGCUGGUAUUGCUGUAGAAGAUAUGGAUAAGCGCUGGUACAUUUUUGACGGGCCUGUUGACGCGGUGUGGAUAGAGAACAUGAACACAGUACUUGACGACAACAAGAAGCUCUGCCUCUCCAGCGGUGAAAUCAUGAAACUGACAGAUCGUCAGAGAAUGAUUUUUGAGGUAGCGGAUUUGGCAGUCGCUUCACCGGCAACUGUAUCUCGAUGUGGGAUGGUCUACUUGGAUACGGAGGUUGUCCAUUUGCAACCACUGGUAAAUGCCUGGAUGAAGAGCAAUUUACCAUCAGUUACUGACAACAUCCGCAAGCUUCUCCCAGGUCUUAUUCACACGUAUCUCUACCCGGCGCUAGAAAUGCUACGAGCAAACUUGACCGAGAUCGUGCCGUCCAUUGACUCGGCACUUGUGCUCAAGUUCCUGGAGUUGUUGGACUUCAGGCUUAGACCUCUCACUGGGAAAGACGACCGGCCGCCACCGCCAGCGAACUUUCUCGCUUUGAUGCCGAAAUUGGCACCGUGCUGGGUGGUGUGGUCGGUGAUCUGGUCGGUGGGCGCUACGUGCGACCAUAAUGGUCGCGCACUUUUCUCCAAAUUCAUGCGCGGACUAAUGGAGGAGGCGGGAAUGAAGCCGCUGUUCCCUAAGGAGGGGCGUGUAUAUGACUAUACAUUACAUGAUGGAGGCUUUACGGAUCCGACGGAUGAUGGAGAACCAGCUAAUCCGUACUGGUAUAGCUGGAUGGCCAAAGUGGAGGAGUAUGAAGUGGAUCCAGAGAAACCUUACGCUGACAUCGAAGUGCCAACGCUGGACAACGUACGCAGCGCAGCACUGCUUGGCUACAAGGUGGUCAACUACAACCACGUUCUGUGUGUUGGUCCGACUGGCACUGGCAAGACCCUCACUGUUACCGCCAAGCUCACGCGCGGCCUCCAUAAGAAGUUCAUCUGCGAGUUCCUCGUCUUCUCCGCGAGAACCUCUGCGAAUCAGACCCAGGACGUGAUAGACAGCAAGUUGGAGCGACGUCGCCGUGGCGUGUUUGGACCGCCGCCCACCAAACGCCAGGUGUUCUUCAUCGAUGACCUCAACAUGCCCGCACUUGAGGUUUACGGCGCCCAGCCUCCGAUUGAGUUGCUCAGGCAGUUUAUGGACUUCUCAGGCUGGUACGAUCGAAUCAACAUCGGAGAGUUCAAGACACUGGUAGAUGUGGGCGUGGUGGCGGCCAUGGGCCCGCCCGGCGGCGGCAGGAACCCCAUCACCAUGCGCCUCAUGCGGCACUUCCACUACAUUUCAUUCACCGAGAUGGAGUACAGCAGUAAGUACGCAAUAUUCAGUGUGAUACUGCACUCUUGGACGAAGAACUUCAAAGAAGUUACCGUUAGAGAAGAUCCUUUCAUCAAAAGCUCGAUCGAUAUCUUCAGUUCUUUGGUAGAUGAAUUGUUACCAACACCAACGAAAUCACACUACACUUUCAAUCUUCGGGACUUGAGCAAAGUGUUCCAGGGAAUUCUGAUGAUGGAUCCGCAUGCCAUAGAGGAUGAGGAUCAAGUGAUAAGGCUGUGGUAUCAUGAGCACCUGCGUGUAUAUCAAGAUCGUCUCGUUAACGACGAAGAUCGGCAAUGGUUCGUCAGGUUGCUGAAUAAGAAGAUUCAAACGGAAUUUGGUAAGAAACCAGAUGACAUCAUUGGCGGACGACUUAUGCUCUUCGGUGACUUUAUGGAUAUUGGUAGUGAUGAAAGAAAGUACGUCGAGAUCAACGACCGUGAAGAGCUUAACGACGUGUUAAAGCACUAUAUGGACGAUUACAAUCUGUCGUCUACUGUGCCAAUUGAUUUAGUGCUGUUCGAGGACGCGGUGGCGCAUCUCUGUCGAAUCGCACGAAUCGUGCGUCAGCCGAUGGCCAAUGCUCUGCUAUUGGGAAUGGGAGGUUCAGGUCGACAGAGCCUGUCACGUUUAGCGGCGCAUAUAGCGGAGUUGAUGUGCAUACAGAUUGAGAUCACGAAAGCAUACGGUCAAACGGAGUGGCGAGACGACAUAAAGCAAACCAUGAUCAAGGCGGGUGGAGACAACAAAGGGAUUGUAUUUCUUUUCUCUGACGCUCAGAUAAAAAUGGAAUCGUUCCUCGAGGACCUGAACAAUAUACUAAGUUCGGGCGACGUGCCGAACAUCUACGAGGCGGAGGACCUGGACCGCAUAUUCCAGCUGGUGCGGCACGCGGCCAUGGAGCAGGGGCUGGCGGCGAGCCGCAGCAACCUGCUGGCCUGCUACCAGCGCCGCGUGCGCACCAACCUGCACAUCGUGCUCGUCAUGAGCCCCGUCGGGGAGGUAUUCCGUGCACGGUUGCGUCAGUUCCCAUCGUUGGUUAACUGUUGCACGAUCGACUGGUUUAGUGAGUGGCCCAAGACAGCACUACAGUCCGUUGCCAGGCACUUCUUCGAUAAUAUGGUCGAAUUGCAAACCACUGAGUCGGUUAUGAGUGCGAUGGUUUCUGUGUGCUGUUUUGCGCAUGAAAGCGUUGUGGACGCGAGCGCCAAGUUUUUGGCGCAGCUGAAUCGGUUAAACUACGUUACUCCGAUGUCUUACAUGGAGAUGCUUUCUGCGUACGAGGAGAUGUUCAGGAAAAAGCAGGCCGCCAUACUGAAGGAAUCUAAUGCGCUCAAAACUGGAUUGGACAAGUUGAACCAAACUGAAGUUGAAGUUAAGCAGCUGCAAAUAGAGCUCGCUGAACUGAAGCCCAUGAUGGAGAGAGCAGCUGAAGAGACCGAGAAAGUCAUCGAGCAGAUUGCGACUGACACAGCUAUUGCGGAGGAAGCAAGAAUUAAAGUAGAAAAAGAGCAAGCAGUAGCAGAAAAAAUGGCAGCUGAAACAUCUGCGAUGGCUGAGGAUGCUCAAAAGGAUUUAGAUGAAGCAAUGCCAGCGCUGCGAGCAGCUGAGAAAGCUCUGCAAGAAUUAAACAGGAACGACAUCGUCGAAGUUAAAGCGCUUAAGAAACCACCGGCUGGUGUUGUGCUCGUCAUUGAAUCACUCUGUGUCGUGUUCGAUAUUAAACCGAUUAAAGAACCUGGAGCGAAGUUUGGUGAAAAAGUCCUGAACUACUUUAAGCCGGGCACCCAAAUGUUAGCAGAUCCUACGGCCUUCCUAGAUUCCCUUUUGAAGUUUGACAAAGAGACCAUCACCGAGGACAUGGUUAAAAAACUCAAACGUUUUAUUCAGAAUCCGGACUACGAACCGGCGAAAAUACAGAAGGUUUCGAAGGCUUGCAUGUCAUUAUGCAUGUGGGUGCACGCCAUGUACAAGUACUACCACGUGAACAAAGCCGUCGCGCCUAAGAAAGAGGCACUUAAUCGGGCCACGAAAGAGCUCGCUGCUGUUGAAGCCAUGCUUGCCAAUGCUAAGGCUAAGAUGCAAGCGCUAUUGAUGGGAAUUGCGAAACUCAACGCCUAUCUCAUAGAGAAGGAAGAAGAGAAGAAGAAAAUGGAAGAGGACAUUAAUCAAUGUCUUGCAAGAAUGGAUCGAGCGAACAGAUUACUUAACGGACUAUCCAGCGAGAGAGUCCGUUGGAUUCGUACUAUCAAGGAGCUGGAUGUUGGCAUUGUCAAUUUAAUUGGAGACAUUCUACUUAGUGCUUGUGCCGUUGGCUACAUAACACCUUUCACGGAAGAAUUUCGUAAAGAGUUACUCAAUCAAUGGAUUCAACACAUGAAGGAGGUGGCAGUUCCACAUACGGAAGACGCUACGCCUCUUUCUAUUCUCGGCGACGCUGUACAGAUUAGGACGUGGCAGAUGUACGGGCUGCCACGCGACCCACUGUCGGUGGAGUCAGCGGUGCUCAUGAGCAACUCGCGCCGCUGGCCGCUCAUCAUCGACCCACAGACGCAAGCCAACAAAUGGAUACGUGCUAUGGGCAAAAUAGAGGGUCUUAUAGUUUGCAAGCCAAACGAUAGAGACUUGCUAAGAAACUUUGAAUCGGCAUUAAGGUUUGGAAAGCCGCUCCUCUUGGAGAACGUCGGACAAGAACUUGAUCCAGCGCUAGACCCUGUAUUGAAGCGUCAAUACUUCCGCCAAGCAGGUCAACUGGUACUCAAGCUUGGCGAUUCUCUGAUCCCUUUCGCGGCUGGGUUCCGUCUCUAUAUUACUACUAAGCUACCCAAUCCCAAAUACACUCCCGAGACCUCAGUGAAGGUGCAGAUUGUGAACUUUGCACUUGUGCCCAGCGGUCUGGCUGAACAGCUGCUGUCAAUCGUGGUGGCACAAGAACGACCAGACCUGGAGGAGCAGCGCGGCCAGCUCAUAGUGACCCGCGCUCAGAUGGCCACACAGCUGGCCGACAUGCAGGCAGACAUACUGUACGGAUUGUCCAACAGCGAGGGCUCGCCCGUCGACGACCUGCCCCUCAUAUUGACCCUGGAGGCGAUAAAGAUCAAGAGUGCUGAAAUUAUUAUAAAAGUAGAAGACAUAGAACGCACAACAAAGGAGAUAGACGAUGCUCGACAGGGCUACGUGCCAGUGGCGAACAGGGGACAGAUUUUGUUCUUUUGCCUGUCCGGUAUGGCCAACGUGGACCCCAUGUAUCAGUACUCGCUGGAGUGGUUUGUGAAGCUCUUCGUUCGGAGCAUGGCUGAGACUGAACCUAAUGAUGACAUUAUUGAACGAGUGGAGAUCAUCAUAGAGCACUUCACGUUUCUUCUAUACCAGAAUGUUUGCCGCAGUCUCUUUGAGAAGCAUAAACUGCUGUUUGCUUUCUUAGUCUGUGCGAGAAUUAACUUGGACAAAGGAAUCAUUAAGAAUAACGAAUUUAAUUUCUUGGUUAAUGGUGCCAAGAUUGAAGAGGAAUUAGAAAAUCCUGAGCCGAAGUGGGUGUCCGAACGUGUGUGGCUGGAAAUGCAGCAGCUCGCAUCUGUUCCAAGUAUGCAUCAGUUCGUGAAGGAUUUUGCAGAGCAUCUCAAGUUUUUCCGCACUUACUACGAAUCCUGGAAUCCACACAGACUACCCUUUCCAAAGCCACUGGAUAGUCAGCUGGACGCUUUCCAGAAGCUCCUGGUACUAAAGUGUAUUCGCCCGGACAAAUUGAUUCCUGGACUUCAGGACUACGUGGUGAGCGGGCUGGGCGGCAGGUUCGUGGAGCCGCAACCGGCGGACCUGGGCGCGCUGUACGCCGAGUCGGACCCGCUGGCGCCCGUCAUAUUCGUGCUCUCCACUGGCACUGACCCUGCUGCCGAUCUUCUCAAAUUCGCAGAGAAAAUGAAGAUGGGCAAACGUUUUGAAAGCAUUUCUUUAGGUCAGGGUCAAGGACCGAUUGCCGAGAACAUGAUGAAAGUUGGUUGUGACUUUGGCAACUGGGUUUUCUUUCAGAACUGCCACUUAUCACCAUCGUGGAUGCCGGUUCUGGAGCUCAAUGUCGAAAAUAUUCAACCGGAGAGUGUUCACAAAGAUUUCCGUUUGUGGCUGACUUCCACGCCGUCGCCGUUCUUCCCCGUCGCGUUACUGCAAAACGGUUACAAAAUGACAGUGGAGCCGCCGCGUGGUAUUAAAGCAAACUUAUUGAAGGCAUAUAUGAAUCAAGUUCCUGAUUUCGUCGAUUAUUUCAAUUCUAGUGAUAGCAAAGUGCAAAACUUUAAGUGGCUGCUAUUCUCGCUGUGUCUGUUCCACGGUGUUGUGUUGGAGCGUCGUAAAUUUGGACCCCUCGGCUUCAACAUACCUUACGAGUUCACCGACGGUGACCUUCGGAUCUGUAUCUCGCAGCUUCACAUGUUUCUCACUGAGUACACCGAGGUUCCGUUGCGGAUGCUAACAUACACUGCUGGGCACAUCAACUAUGGCGGUCGUGUCACUGACGACUGGGACCGACGCUGCUUGCUCUACUUGCUGGCGGACUACUACACCUCGGCGGUGCUCAGUGAACGAUAUUGUUUCGAUGAGAGUGGAGCCUACAAGCAGCAACCAGCGUCGGCAACGAUCGAAGACUACACGACGUACAUCCGCACGUUGCCUCUCAACGACGACCCCGCGCUCUUCGGACUGCACAGCAACGCGAACAUCAGCUACGCAGUCUCUGAGACACAGUAUUGUAUAAACACCUUACGCGAUCUUCAACCCAAAGAGGUGAGUAGUGAUGGAGGAAUCUCUACGGAAGAGAAGACGGAAAGAGCGGCAAAAGAUAUUCUAGAAGUACUGCCGUCUCAGCUCGAUUUGCAUUUUAUAUCAGAGAAUUAUCCGGUAUCAUACAAGGAGUCGUUGAAUGCUGUGCUGAUACAAGAGGCAAUACGAUAUAACAAAUUGUUGAACGUAAUCGACCACUCUCUGAAGGAUUUGCUGAAAGCUUUGAAGGGCCUUGUUGUAAUGUCGGAGGCGUUGGAGAGUAUGGCAGGGAGUCUUACACGGCAAGCGGUCCCGACAAUGUGGAGCUCUAAGGCUUAUCCCUCGCUCAAACCGUUAGGUGCCUGGGUCAAGGAUCUUUGUCAACGCGUGCACUUCAUGCAACAGUGGGCUGAAGGUGGAAUUCCGAAAGUUUUUUGGAUCUCUGGCUUCUACUUCCCGCAGGCGUUCCUCACCGGUGCUUUGCAGAACUACGCGAGGAAACACGUCAUCGCUAUCGACACAGUUUCUUAUGCCUUUGAGCCCCUGGCAAGUCCGCCGAGUAAGAGGCCAGAAGACGGGUGUUGUGUCCGCGGUCUAUUCCUAGAGGGUGCGCGCUGGAGCGUCGCCGACAUGGCGCUGGAGGAGAGCCGCGCUAAGGAACUGUACACAGAAAUGGCCAUCAUCUAUAUGAAGCCGGAGCAAGGUCACAAACUUCAGCAGGGACUGUACGAGUGCCCAACAUACAAAACCCUGCUUCGUGCCGGCACUCUGUCUACCACGGGCCACUCCACCAACUACGUGAUGACCAUAGAACUGGCUACGCACAAGCCACAAGCGCAUUGGAUCAAACGCGGAGUCGCACUCUUUUGCGCUUUGGACUAUUAA